AAUGAUUAACCCGUGGAUCUAUAAAUAUAAAACGGGUUUUAAUUCAGUAGUCAAUUUACUGACGCAAUAUUGGAUUAUCUUUGCGGUCAUGUUCUGUUCUAAUAUUAGCGUUUUGUUUUGAUUUUAGCAUAUUGUAUUUGAUGUUUAGCGGUUAAGCUUUAAAACAGAACAUUGUGUGCUCUUGCGAAACGUUGUUGAAUCAUUUAACUUAUUUCACGUCGUGAGAAAAUUAAAGCGUGAUAGCAAAGGGAUCGUGUACAGAUGAUGUAGUUCAUGAACUGAGAGAGCUGGCUUUAAUACAUGGACUUGUUGGCACAAUCUAUGAUGUGGGUGGAUUACAGUUGGAUAUCCAUGAAGCUGUGAUACCAAGAUAAAAAUGGGCUGUCCGCAAUCAAAGUCACGUGACCUUAACCCAGACGUUAACGGGACGGGUGACGUAAAUGGGCGUAAAAGCAGAAACGACGCCGUACGACCAGAACCCGAACAAUCUAAGCAUGCGCCCGCGAAAGCCACGCAUAACUUUAAUGAUGACCCAGCAGUGAUGGGCAUAAGUGAGAAUCUUCAACCCAUUAUACCCGCCAAUCCGAAUCCAAAUUUAGCCGCAAAGAAAUCGACACAUGCAGACGACAAUCAAAAGGCAUCCAAGUCGGUUGAAACAAACGUUGCAAACAAACCAACAAUAAGCAAUGCAAACGGUGAUGCAAAGCCAUUAGAAAUCCAACGGACUGAAUGCAACGAAGGUAAAACUUCACCACACCAUUCACAAACACUCACAACUGCAAAAUCAGCGUCUGAAGCAGCCGUUGCGGUUUCUUUACCCGAUUAUAAUUCAGAGAGCGAAUCUAACGCAGUGCUAAUGGAGAAAGAACAUAAUAAAAGAAAACUGAUCAAGAAAACGAUCGAAGAUCGAGAUGCUAUGAGCCAUGGUAAGGACACCGUGUUGACGAGCGCUUUUAUCCCUGACGUCGAUGCACCUGAUAGUCCGACGUAUAAACGUCGACUUAAGAGUGAAGCUGUUGACUUGAGCGACGUCAGUUUGUCGGAAAAAGCGUUGAACACGUCCCCCAAAGAGACGUCAAAAACACCAGUUCGAGACCCGGAUGUGAGUACCAACCAGACGCCUACGUCACUUCCGGACUUGUGCACUCCCGACGACAACAAGCCUAAGGAGAAGCCUAACCCGUGGGAAGGCUCAUCCGCGGUCAGACACAUCAAUGAGGGUCAGAUUCAGUACGGAAUACCAAAAGGUGUACCUGAACCGGCUCCCCCGAAAUCCCGGAAGUCCGACAUCGUGACGCCAACCACGUUUGUUUUGGCAGACAGAUUAGUGGACGAGGCUCCAAACGACGCUCUCGCCUUCAACAAACUCGCCGGUUACCUCACCGGAACCGUGAAAAAGAGUGAACUACAGAAAGCAGACGACGACGAGCCCGACGCCGGCGCGAACAAUCCUCAACUUCCGGCGGCAAAGCCCGUUAUAACACGAAAGAAGGACAUCGUCACUGACGUGCAGCUUCAGUUCAAGCACAUCGAUGAGAACGCAAAGAAUACCCCCGGGUCGUGCUUGCUGUCAGUGGACCGCCUGGCGUCACAUCUGUGCUCGGUCGCCACCUCAGAUCUAGAGAAGAUUCGAGCCUUCUACUUCUGGGUCUGUAAUAAUAUCAGUUACAUGUACGAUAAGGAAAAAACGUUGUCCGAUAAGUUGCGUUAUGAUGCGACGUCGACGUUACGUCAGGGGCAAGGAAGUUACGUCAACCUCAUGGCAGCUCUCUGCAAGGAGGUCAAUAUCCCUGUAGUUACGAUACCCGGAUGUUCCAAAGGUCUCCGCCACCAACCGGACAAGGAAUUCAAACUUGGCGAACGGAACCACAGCUGGAACGCCGUUUACUUUAACGGGGAGUGGCGUUUUCUGGAUUGCACGUGGGGGUCUGGAUACGUCGACGUCAGUGGUAAAUUCCAACGUCAGUUCGACGAGUUCUGGUUCCUGACGGACCCCGAGGUUUUCUGUUAUGACCAUUUCCCCGCACACCCUGCUUGGCAGCUCCUCGAAGAGCCGAUUGAAAUCGAAGAGUUCAACCAGAAGCCGUGCUUAACCGAGAAAUCAAGAGAGCUCGGAUUUAAGCUAAUUUCCCAUCGGGAACCGAUCGUGUACUUUAGCAACGAAGUCACUAUCUCGUUUGCAACCGAGAAUUAUCCGCUGUCGAAUAUAACUGCGGACCUGCGCGACGAGGGCGGAACAGAAAUAAAUUCGCGCAGAUGUAUGAGGCGUCUGGACAAUAAGACGUUUGAGGUGCGCGUUGUUCCGCCGGAAGUGGGCGAAUAUACGCUAAAUCUUUAUGGAAAGGCUAGAGACUAUCUUCAUGCCAAGUUCCGGAAGCUAGUAGAUUAUACGUUACGGUGUAACGGUGUGUAUCCAACGCCAACAGAGUUUCCAGAUCAUAAAAAGGCCUGGGGUCCUGAACCGAACUACGCAGAGCUAGGAUUUACAGACGCGAUUCAGUCAAUGUCAGUGUUCUCACGCGACUCCGCGGAAAUGUCAAUAGAGCUAGAGCAAACCAGGCUGGUAACAAUUCUAGCCGAACUUAAGGCCUCGAGUGACGACAAAAAAGAACUAGAAGGUUACACGAUGGUUACAGCUCGUGAAAAUUCGCAAACUGUUCAUAUAAGGUUUCCAGCACUAGGAUAUUAUCGCCUUGAUUUAUUUGCAGAGGGAAAAACGGAGAAAUUCGAAUUUGCGGCCAUGUUUCUUUUGGAAUGCACAGCAAACGCAACAAAUGUGAAGAAGUUCCCCAAAUUCAACGCGGACUCUGUUGCGAAACACAUUUGCGAAAUACUUGAGCCAAAGGACUACGAAAUUUCCGCGAAGUCAACGAUCAGUUUCAAAAUUCGGUCUUUGAAAUCGAAAAACGUCAUGGUCGGUGUGCCAGUUGAGGAAUCGUAUGGGUCGCGCAUGGAAAAGUUGGGAGAUCUAAAGGCAGACGAGGAGUGUGUGUUUUCCGGUACAAUAAAAACGCCGGGUCCCGGAAAGACGGUGUAUAUAUCGGGUUCCGCGGCGCCUCCCAAUGUCUUCUGGAGUCGUCUGUAUGAAUAUAUCACCAAGUGAUGUCGAAGUUUAGGAAAUGUUACAGCAGAAUACAAUGGUGCUUCGACCUGUACCCUUUUGGUCCCACUCUUUGUGAUAGUAAGAAAUCGAUUAUUAUUAAAUCUUUGUUGUAUAUUUUGAAUUAAGAACAAAGAUACGAUUGAAAAGCACUAUUCCUAAGUCAUUUUUUAAAAUUUGCAAACUGUUAUAACUUUUAAUUUGUUCCCUAAUUUAAGCAUUUGUUUGGAUGUGCAAUGAUAUUUGAUUGAAACAUAGAUCUAACAAUAUAUUAAGAGAUCUUUAAAUAAAGAAAACAAUUGUAUCAUAUAUUUUACUCAUAUAUACAUGUACAUAUAAUAAAUAGUUUAUAA